AUGCCCCCCCGAAUACCAACCCAAGCAGACUUCACCCCCCUCCAAUCCACCCUCCCCCUAACCACGCACUUCCCCUCCCCGCCAGAAUCAACAACCGCCAUCCUCAUCCUCCUCCACGGCCUAGGCGACUCCGAGAUCCCCUUCGCCUCCUUCGCCCGCAACCUCAACCUCCCCGGCGUACUGGCCAUUUCCGUCCGCGGCACAUCCCCCCUCCCUCCAUCCCUAAUCGACGAUUCGGCAACAGGCCCACACUCCCACUGGGGCGAUGACCUAACGCUCGACUCUAACACGGGGGAGUUGGAUCCCGAUCCUGGCUUCAGGAGAGCUUCUGAGCGGCUGAUGAAUGAGUUGAUACGGGGUGUCAUCAUCGACAAAUGCGGCUGGGAGAUGAGUGAUGUAUUGGUAUUUGGAUUCGGGCAGGGCGGCUCACUGGCGCUAGGGAUGGGAAUGCAGCACACGCUAAAGGGGGUUGUUACGAUUGGGGGUGGUGUGCCGCGGAGUAUGGCAGGUGGGAAGAGUGAUACGUUUGUGCUGGCUUGCCAGGUCGAUGGGAUGGAGGAGGAUCUGAGGCGUUGGUUUACGAAUGUCCAGAUUGUGAAGUGGGCGGGGGGAGUGAGGAUGCCAAGAGAUAGGGAGGAAGUGUUUCCGUUGAUGAAGUUUUUCGCGGAUAGGCUUAGGAGUUUUUAG